AUGGCAGCGCUGAGACAGGAGCAUCGGUAUGGGCUCUCCUGUGGCAAAAUCAACAAAAACAGCCCGAAUCAAACUCUGUACCACGUCAAACUCACUGACACUGCCAUCCGGACCCUCGAAGCCUACCAGAACCUGAAGGCAUCACUAUCAAAUCAGCCAGCGAUUUGCUUCAAGGGGAGCCAGGGGUACGUGAAGAUCCCAGCGCCGACUCCAGAAUCCCCUGACGGACUUAGAGUCUUCUCGUUCUACCUGUCCAGUGACAGCAAAGACAAGCCUCAGUCCAGCUUCGACUGCAUUCACCAGUAUGUCUCAGGGGAGGGCAGGGAUCACCUGGAGGGCCAGGGCAGCAUUCAGGACAAGAUCACGGUUUGUGCCACAGACGACUCCUACCAGACGACCCGGGAGCGCAUGUCUCAGGUGGAGAAGGACAUCUGGAGCCGCUCAGCAAUUGAGAUCAAGCCGGGGCCAAGUAAGUGUGUGAAGGUCCAGAGGAAGCAAGGUCUGGUAUCAGGCUCAGAUAGCAGCAACAGACACUCCCCCAGCAACAAGAGGAGCCUGGUUCCCAGCCCUGUGGCACACCGGCCCUUGAGGGAUCGCAUCAUUCAUCUCCUGGCCUUAAAGCCCUACAGGAAACCUGAGCUGCUCCUGUGGUUGGACAGGGAGCGGGCCAGUCCAAAGGACAAGGCUGACCUGACCUCAGUGCUGGAUGAGGUAGGUAAACUGAACUCUAAAGACCACAGCUACGCUCUGAAGGAUGAGCUCUACAGACACGUCCAGAAAGACUGGCCUGGAUAUCUAGAGGAGGAGAAGCAACUCAUCCACAGGCUCCUGAUCCGGAAACUUCAGCCACUCCACAGUAGCCAGUUGAAGAGUCCCCAGUCCAACCAUUCAUUCCACAAAACUCCCGGGGACUCUCCUUCCCGACUGAGUCCAGCCAAGAAUCUCUCCGUGAAACGACCAUUGCCCUCAGACCCAUCCAACUGUCAGACCCCCAAAAAACAAAGACUAUUAGACCACUGUUUGCCCCUGCAGUCACCCUCUUAUGGUGACUGCGGCACCAAUGGGGCUCGUAGCUCCUCCAGUCAUGGAAACUCUGGUGUACAGGUCAAACUGGAGUUCGACAGAACCAACAAUCAUCUCCAGGGGAGCCCAAAUCGCCUCUACUCACCGCACAAACUCAGUGGGUCUUCUACUAUUCCCAAGCUGGAGAGGACAGAGCCAGCCCCUACUGCACCCAGCUCUAAGCGCCCACACACUGACACGUCCAUUUGCACUGACCAACAGUUCACCAAUGGCCAACAUAAAAAGAAGAGGUCAAAAAAGCACAAAGACAAGGAACGCGAGCGCUUAAAACCAGACUGGAUUGAGACCAGUCCGGACCUGAAGCAGAAUCAAGAAAAUCUCAAAGACCAUGAGGGAGAAAAAACACCUGUCAGUCGAAACUCAGCAGAGGAACUUCCUGACUAUUUAAUAAAAUACAGCAUCAUAACAGCACUGGAGCAGCGUCAACAGUACAAGGACGACUUCUGUGCCGAGUACGAUGAAUACAGAGCUCUUCAUGACCGGAUUGGGGCUAUCACAGAGAUGUUUGUUCAGUUGGGCUCAAAGAUCAACACUCUGUCCCCGGGAACACAAGAGUACAAGCUUAUGGAGGACCAAAUACUACAAAAGUAUCGGAAGUAUAAGAAAAAGUUUCCUGGGUAUCGGGAAGAGAAGAAGCGAUGCGAGUACCUCCAUCAGAAACUGUCACACAUCAAAGGCCUGAUCACAGAUUAUGACCGAGCACAGGAACUCUCCUAGCAACUGGCCUCUGCACUCAGCAGGGUGUAAUAUGACUGGACCAAAAGACUCCUAAUAGACCUAAAGACUGCCCAGCUGGGUCCUGGAGUCGCUGAGACACUAUUCACUUUACUGCUCCGAGUGUCAAUGGAAUCGAGGAGCAAGGUUAUUUUUCGUAAUUGGGCUGAGACCACCGACUCGUGAUCAAAUGUUGCCCUUUAACAUUAUGGUUUUCAGCGAUGAGUAUCACUGUAAUGGCUGGAUUCUGUUCUGCUGUAAAGGGUCAGAUGACACAGUGAAAGCCAAAUCCCUUUUCUUUUUCACUGAAAUGCAAAAAAGAUGCGAUCCUUCCUGCUUAAAUCGCAUUUUUAUUCUAUCCUUUAUCUCGUCACAACUGAAAAGCGUUAUAAAAAGUAUUAAAUUGAUGGUACAAUCAAUCAAUCUUAGGGGAAAUCAAAUGCUACUAAACUCUUUAUAUUUAACACACAAAGUAAUUUCUUUAUUUGCUGAUAAAAAGUUGACGUCACACCAGUUAUUCAUUAGUUACAGUAAUAAGAUCACAUGUAGUUGUGCCACGAACAGUUUCUCUCAAAACACAAUGCAAACACAGUAUCAUGCAUGGAAAAACUACAUUUCUGCAGGACUAAGACCCUUCAAAGACUUCUCAAUGUAUCACUAAAAAGCUCACAAAGUGAAGUUUAACUCAUGAUAUGCAGAGUUGUUUCCUGUUACAGAAUCCGUGGUUAGGACCAGUUUAUUUUGGCUUUGAUCAUAAGGAAUUUUACUCUGUAGCUUUCUGCCAACGUCCGGUUUCAUUUCUAAGAAAUGUUGGAAUGCCACACAACCAUUCCUCCCAGUACCGUGAAUGCUGGUUUCAAGAUGGUGCUUGUGCACAAAUAAGUGUCAGUUUCACCCACAUGUAGCCUACCAUGAACUGCCUUUUCAUUAUCAACAGGUCUCUCAAGUCUUCUGGUGACAGGUUUAUUUACUGAUCCACAGUACACACAGUAAUCACGCUUUAAUUAUGCUGUGGAUGAAUGAGGACGAGUCGCUCUAUGAAACAUCGCUUAACCUGCAGUUUUAAAAGCUUACAGGGUAUUUAUCUGGGUAAAUCAAGCACCACCAAACAUUUUCACUCAGUAUGAUUUUACUCUGAAGUCUUGAUGAGGGAUUUAGUUGAACAAUAAUUCACUUCAGUGAGCGUUACAUAUUGAUGUUAUUCUGCUUGAUGAGACAGAGAUGCCUUAAACACAGCAAACUGUGUUAUUUCUAGCCCCACGUGAGGCGUGGUGAGGAUGGCACUGUGGGUCGGUCACUCGGUUCAAACCACUUUGGUUCAGUUGGGUGUGAGGAGCAGGCUGACCUCCAGAGGCUGCUAGCAGGGCUUCAAGACUCUGGACUUUAAGGACUUAUUUGUACCCAGGAAGGUACAUCUGAAUAACUGCAACCUGUCAUUUUAUUUCACCUUAAUUAGCUGUGGCCUGAAGUAGGAAAUAGUGAUCCGAUUUCAGUGUUCUCUGGAUGUUUGCAUCACAACUGUUGUCUUAAUGAUGGCUAAAAAUGGGAGAAUGAAGCUAAUAUUUGCCUUAAUAUGUAUGUUCACACAUUUCCAUAAUGACGAUAUCCCUGUCCUGAAAUGUUCUUGGGUUUAAGCUGCACCGUUUAAAGUGUUCUCAGACUAUUUCUGUAAAUGUCUUUUAGUUUAAAGGAAAGUUACUGGAUAGUUGUUGUACAACAGUCGCCUAAUCUGUGUUUCUUCUUGUUUUUAAUGUACGUCUUAAUCAUUUUCUGUUUUAGCUUCAUUUCUUGUCUCAUAAUCUGUCAGAUAAUCAUGAACUGUAAAGGAAUUUAAUUCACUGUCCAAUCCUAUCAAGCACCACUAUCAAAAGAAUCAUUGCAGAAGUCUAUACAAAUUAAUGUGCUUUGCUUAUCUUGAUUUCUCAAUGCAAAUACUCACUGGGCUUGUUUCCACAUAUAUUUUUAACUGUUUUUCAUAAGUUAAAUGAACUUUUUACAUUUGGUAUUCUGGGAUGUUUGAAGGAUUAGCAACAGUCGCUCUGUCUUGGCACAUAUGAACGUUUCCAGGAGAAGAAUAUUUAUUAGCAAUGACUAUUGGAAAAAUGAGAAUCACAAGCCCAGACUUUUGAGCAUUAAAUAUCAUCAAAGCUUAAAAAAAAGGUGGAUUCUUAAAGCUCUGGUACACCUACACAAAUGUUCUCAUUAUUCUGACUGUUUGACUCUCUUCUCAGGACCAGAUCUCUCACACUUUUAUGCAUCUUUUGUCAGUAUGCAUUUUAUUGAGCUUUGCAAAUGUGCUGCGUAGCUCAACCCGACCUGAGAAAACGUCUGACCAGUCAAAAAGAUAUUGAAUCUAGGGCAGCGGUCCAGUUGCCCUAGAUUCAAGCCUCCUUGGAUAAGCAUGACCUGGAUGACUGUGCUUUGUUUUGGUACUGGAUCUAGAAAUCAAUGAGGCAUGGUUCAAUUGUACUUAAAGACAAGAGCAGGAGGCCUGUUAGAUAAACAACAUGAUUUAUUUGUGUUUCACACAUUUUUUCAUUCAUAACAGAAAGGUACUGAAACAUUUUUUAAUAAUGGCAGGAAGGAACACGUCUACACAACACCACUUAGACCACGAGACCUUAAAAUUAAUAACAAUUUAGAGAACUAAUUCAAGUUAAGGGCUUCCCACUUAAGUAGUAUUGGUCAAUUGUACAAUAAACAUGUGAUCAAACAAAUUGCAUCAUGGGUGACAAAAGGCCUUCUCAAGUGCUAACUGUGAUGUUUUUUGUUUUUUUUUUACUGUUGCAGGACCUAACUACUGAAGGUGCCUUUUCACUCAGAGCAGAUUCACUCUGCAUCUAACUAUCAUUGGUAUUCUGGAAAAAAAGAAAACGUGCGCCAGCAGUAUUCACACAUCUGUAGUUUCACACUGUUUUCAAAGUGCCGAGUUCAUCGUUUUUAGAUUGAGUUGAUAUCAGACGCCUUGUAAAGUGUAUUCAGUGUAUUGGCUCUGACUUGAUAUCAUAGUUAAAAUUACAAUUUUCACCACACAUGAAAACUUGACAUUUCAAAAAUGAGAGGUUUUCAAGGACACAGAUUAAAGUGCAUCUAAUGUUAGCUUUUGCAUUCAAGGAUAUUCAAAAGAAUAGCCUGGAUUUUGUUUUAGUUUCCAAUUCCAGCCCAGCCAACUAUUUCUAGAAAUUACAUGCAGGUGCAUUUAAUUGGUUGGUUGGUAGUGGAAAAACAAUGUGAAGUCAAACAUUUUGCCGGUUUGAAAUGACUUCAACUGAUCUACCUAGGAGAACAAAUUUCUUUAUUUAUUGCUUUCUAUGUGUUUGUCCUUUUAUGGGAUUCAUCUUUGCAUAGUUAGGUUCAUUUUUUUUCACAGCAAAAUUCAAAGUGGUGAAAGGGAAAUGGAAUAUAUUUUUGCAAUUUUUAAAUGGAUGCUUUGUCACAACGCCAUCCCUCUUCAGAAAAGCUUUCAGAAAAAAAACGUGUAUUGUUGUCUCAGUAUAAUUAAAAAUAAAGCUCUUUUCAAUUCAGCAAAGUG